GCCGGCGGCCAUCUUGUGAAGCGGCGAAAGAGGUGGUGGCUGCUCUGGGCUCCGGGAAGCCGUUCGGGCUGGGGCUACCGACCGCGGGGCGGAGGCACUCGCGCGGGGGGUAACUCGGGUCUGGGUUCGGGUGCCGCGCAGCUCUCCCCGUCUAAAAGUUGGUUUUAAUUGGUUGCCCACAGGAUUGACUUGGCCUCUACUUCUUGUUAAGAAAAUACAUCUCUUGUUUUAUCAGGUGUGUGUGGUUUCAGCGCAGCAUGGCUGUGGUCAUCCGUUUGCAAGGUCUCCCAAUUGUGGCGGGGACCAUGGACAUUCGCCACUUCUUCUCUGGAUUGACCAUCCCUGAUGGGGGCGUGCAUAUUGUAGGGGGUGAACUGGGUGAGGCUUUCAUCGUUUUUGCCACUGAUGAAGAUGCAAGGCUUGGUAUGAUGCGCACAGGUGGUACAAUUAAAGGGUCAAAAGUAACACUAUUGUUGAGUAGUAAAACGGAAAUGCAGAAUAUGAUUGAACUGAGUCGUAGGCGUUUUGAAACUGCCAACUUAGAUAUACCACCAGCAAAUGCUAGUAGAUCAGGACCUCCACCUAGUUCAGGAAUGAGUGGCAGGGUAAACUUGCCUACGACAGUACCCAACUUUAAUAAUCCCUCACCCAGUGUAGUUACUGCCGCCACUUCUGUUCAUGAAAGCAACAAAAACGUACAGACAUUUUCCACAGCCAGCAUAGGAACGGCUCCUCCAAAUAUGGGGGCCUCCUUUGGGAGCCCAACGUUUAGCUCAACCAUUCCGAGCACAGCCUCUCCAAUGAACACAGUCCCACCUCCACCAAUUCCUCCAAUCCCAGCGAUGCCAUCUUUGCCGCCAAUGCCGUCCAUUCCUCCAAUACCAGUUCCUCCCCCGGUACCUACAUUGCCUCCUGUGCCUCCUGUGCCCCCAAUACCCCCAGUCCCUUCUGUGCCACCCAUGACCCCACUGCCACCCAUGUCAGGCAUGCCACCCUUGAACCCGCCACCUGUGGCACCUCUACCUGCUGGAAUGAAUGGCUCUGGAGCACCUAUGAAUCUGAACAAUAACCUGAACCCUGUGUUUCUGGGUCCAUUGAAUCCUGUUAACCCUAUCCAGAUGAACUCUCAAAGCAGUGUGAAACCACUUCCCAUCAACCCUGAUGAUCUGUAUGUCAGUGUGCAUGGAAUGCCCUUUUCUGCAAUGGAAAAUGAUGUCAGAGAUUUUUUCCAUGGGCUCCGUGUUGAUGCCGUGCAUUUGUUGAAAGAUCAUGUAGGUCGAAAUAAUGGGAAUGGAUUGGUUAAGUUUCUCUCCCCUCAAGAUACAUUUGAAGCUUUGAAGCGAAACAGAAUGCUGAUGAUUCAACGCUAUGUGGAAGUUAGUCCUGCCACAGAGAGACAGUGGGUAGCUGCUGGAGGCCAUAUCACUUUUAAGCAAAGUAUAGGACCUUCUGGACAAAACCAUCCCCCUCCUCAGGCACUUCCCAGGUCAAAAUCGCCCAGUGGGCAGAAAAGGUCAAGGUCAAGAUCACCACACGAGGCUGGUUUUUGUGUUUACUUGAAAGGGCUACCCUUUGAAGCAGAAAACAAACAUGUCAUUGAUUUUUUUAAAAAGUUGGAUAUUGUGGAAGAUAGUAUUUAUAUUGCUUAUGGACCCAAUGGGAAAGCAACGGGUGAAGGCUUCGUAGAGUUCAGGAAUGAGGCUGACUAUAAGGCUGCUCUUUGUCGUCAUAAACAAUACAUGGGCAAUCGCUUUAUUCAAGUUCAUCCAAUUACCAAGAAAGGUAUGCUAGAAAAGAUAGAUAUGAUUCGAAAAAGAUUGCAGAACUUCAGCUAUGACCAGAGGGAAAUGAUGUUAAAUCCGGAGGGGGAUGUCACCUCUGCCAAAGUCUGUGCGCAUAUAACAAAUAUUCCCUUCAGCAUUACCAAGAUGGAUGUUCUCCAAUUCCUAGAAGGAAUCCCAGUGGAUGAAAAUGCUGUACAUGUUCUUGUUGAUAACAAUGGGCAAGGUCUAGGACAGGCAUUGGUUCAGUUUAAAAAUGAAGAUGAUGCACGUAAGUCUGAACGCUUACACCGUAAAAAACUUAAUGGGAGAGAAGCUUUUGUUCAUGUAGUCACUCUAGAAGAUAUGAGAGAGAUUGAGAAAAAUCCUCCUGCCCAAGGAAAAAAGGGGUUAAAGAUGCCUGUGCCAGGUAAUCCCGCAGUUCCAGGAAUUCCCAGUGUGGGAAUGCCCAGUGCGGGAAUGCCCAAUGCAGGAAUGCCCAAUACGGGAAUGCCUGCUGCAGGAAUGCCCGGUGCUGGAAUGCCCGGUGUGGGAAUACCCAGUGCGGGAAUGCCUAGUGCGGGAAUGCCUAGUGCAGGAGGUGAAGAGCAUGCCUUCUUGACUGUAGGAUCUAAGGAGGCCAACAAUGGGCCUCCAUUUAACUUUCCUGGUAAUUUUGGUGGGUCAAAUGCCUUUGGACCACCACUCCCUCCUCCAGGAUUAGGAGGGGCCUUUGGUGAUGCUAGGCCUGGAAUGCCUUCAGUUGGAAAUAGUGGUUUGCCUGGUCUAGGACUGGAUGUUCCAGGUUUUGGAGGUGGACCAAAUAAUUUAAGUGGACCAGGAUUUGGAGGGGGCCCUCAGAAUUUUGGAAAUGGCCCUGGUAGCUUAGGUGGCCCCCCUGGCUUUGGAAGCGGCCCUCCUGGCCUUGGAAGUGCCCCUGGGCAUUUGAGUGGGCCUCCAGCCUUUGGCCCUGGCCCUGGCCCAGGCCCAGGCCCAGUCCAUGUUGGUGGUCCUCCUGGCUUUGGAUCUAGUUCUGGAAAACCAGGACCAACAGUAAUCAAAGUACAGAACAUGCCCUUCACUGUGUCUAUUGAUGAGAUUUUAGAUUUCUUUUAUGGCUAUCAAGUGAUCCCAGGCUCAGUGUGUUUAAAAUACAAUGAAAAAGGUAUGCCCACAGGUGAAGCUAUGGUGGCUUUCGAAUCUCGGGAUGAAGCCACAGCUGCUGUCAUUGACUUAAAUGACAGACCUAUUGGCUCUAGGAAAGUAAAACUCAUGGCCCACUGCGUGACCUUGGUUCAGCUGUCCAUUUCAUGUGACCACCUCAUUGACAAGGACAUCAGCUCCAAGUCUGACCCACUCUGCGUCCUUUUACAGGAUGUGGGAGGGGGCAAAUGGGCUGAGCUUGGCCGGACUGAGCGAAUACGGAACUGUUCGAGCCCUGAGUUCUCCAAGACUCUGCAGCUUGAGUACCACUUUGAAACAGUCCAAAAGCUCCGAUUUGGCAUCUAUGACAUAGACAACAAGACGCCUGAGCUGGGGGAUGAUGACUUCCUAGGAGGGGCUGAGUGUUCCCUAGGACAGAUUGUGUCCAGUCGGAUACUAACUCUACCCUUGAUGCUGAAGCCUGGAAAACCUGCUGGGCGAGGGACCAUCACGGUCUCAGCUCAGGAGCUAAAGGAUAGUCGUGUAGUGACCAUGGAGGUGGAGGCCAGAAACCUAGAUAAGAAGGACUUCCUGGGAAAAUCGGAUCCGUUCUUGGAGUUUUUCCAUCAGGGUGAUGGGAAAUGGCACCUGGCAUACAGAUCUGAGGUCAUCAAGAACAACCUGAACCCUACUUGGAAGCGCUUCUCUGUUCCCCUUCAACAUUUCUGUGGGGGAGACCCCAACACACCCAUCCAGGUGCGAUGCUCAGAUUAUGACAGUGAUGGUUCACAUGACCUCAUUGGUACCUUCCACACCAGCUUGGCCCAGCUGCAAGCAGUCCCAGCUGAGUUUGAAUGCAUCCACCUUGAGAAACAGCAGAAAAAGAAAAGCUACAAGAACUCUGGAACUAUCUGUGUCAAGAUUUGUCAGGUAGAAACAGAAUAUUCAUUCUUGGACUAUGUGAUGGGAGGCUGUCAAAUCAACUUCACUGUGGGUGUGGACUUCACGGGCUCCAAUGGAGACCCUUCCUCACCUGAUUCCCUGCACUACCUGAGCCCAACAGGGGUCAAUGAGUACCUGACAGCACUGUGGAGUGUGGGCAGUGUGGUUCAGGACUAUGAUUCGGACAAGCUGUUCCCAGCAUUUGGAUUUGGGGCCCAGGUACCCCCUGACUGGCAGGUCUCCCAUGAAUUUGCCUUGAACUUCAACCCUAAUAACCCCUACUGUGCAGGCAUCCAGGGCAUUGUGGAUGCUUACCGCCAGGCCCUGCCCCAAGUUCGGCUCUAUGGCCCCACCAACUUUGCACCCAUCAUCAACCAUGUGGCUAGGUUUGCAGCCCAGGCUGCACAUCAGAGGACGGCCUCGCAAUACUUCGUGCUGUUGCUGCUGACCGAUGGUGCUGUGACAGAUGUGGAGGCCACACGUGAGGCUGUGGUUCGUGCCUCCUUCCUGCCCAUGUCAGUGAUCAUCGUGGGUGUGGGUGGCGCUGACUUCGAGGCCAUGGAGCAGCUGGAUGCUGAUGGUGGACCCCUGCGUACACGCUCCGGGGAGGCAGCUGCUCGUGACAUAGUGCAGUUUGUGCCCUACCGCCGCUUCCAGAAUGCCCCUCGAGAGGCACUGGCGCAGACUGUACUUGCAGAAGUACCCACGCAACUGGUCUCCUACUUCAAGGCCCAAGGUUGGGCCCCACUCAAAGCACUUCCACCUGCAGCCACGGGCCCUGCACAGGUCCCUCAGGCCUAGAUUCCCUUGGAGGGGUAGACUGUGGCCAGUCCUCAGUCCUGUGUUCCUAAGGUCCCCCAACCCUGUUUUAUACUUUUGUAUGUUUUAUACUUUUAUGCUUACUUUUAUACUUGCUAUAGCCACUCUUGAUCUCACCUGCUUGUCCCUGGAGCCUCUCAUUCAAUAAAGAUCAAUGAAGACCACACUUUGCUACCACUCUGUGUUUCUGGGUGGGAAUCUGCUAUUAGCCACAUUUACUUCUCCUCUCUGAGCUUAUUUGUUGACCUUAGAGAUUGUUGAGUGAAGGAUUCAUCUGAUAUAAUAGCCCCACUCAAAGAAAUUGGGUAUUCCUGGUCACAUAUCUAGAGACACUGACUCUGUUUUUGAAAAUGCAAAGACUGAAUGUAAGCCAAACACCUAGCCUGCCCUGCCUCAGAGCAGAGCUGAGCUGUGAACACAGACAAGGUGGAAAGUGCUAGGGGAGGGGUGAGUUUUAAGAUGGAGCAGGAGCUAUGCUAGACUUCCUGGAGGGAUGGAGCAGUGGUGGUUCUAGUCCUAAAAAUGGGCUAUAAGCCUAAAUUUUUUAAUAGCUAAUUUUUUUCUUACUAGAAAAUAAAUAUAUUCAUUUUAGGAAAAAAUAAAUAUCACCCAAACUCCUAUGUCCCAAUAAAAUAUUUGGUGCAUAUUUUUUAAUACUUUAUGCAUAUUUUUAGUGAUACAUGUUUUUUUGUUUUACAAAAUUGGGAUCAUACCAUACAUACUAUUUUAGUAUGCUUUAAAUGUUUUUAAAAUGUGUGCUAGUUAGUACAAAAUUAUUUCAAAUAUAAAUAUUGUAUAAAAUAGAUUAUGGAGCAGGGUGUAUUUUCUAGGUCUGACAGAUUUUUCCCUAAAUAGAUAUUAUACUGUUUGCACUUUGUUUUUAUUAUAUUUUGGGUAUUUUAUCCAUUAGAACUUACUGCUGACCUCAUUUUUUCUAAUGCUUGUGUAUUACUCUGUGUAUGAGUGUACUAUAGCUAAUUUAGCCAAUCCCUAAUUUAUCAAGAUUUGGGUCCCUUCUAGUUUUCUUCUGUUAUAACAAACAGUGCUGUAAGGAAUAUCCUUCUACAUUUAUCUGUGCAUUUACAGGAAUGUUUCUGAAGGAUUUAUUCCUACAAGUGAAAAUGCUCAAAAGAUAAGAAUAUUUAACAUUUUAAUAGAUAUUAUAAAUUGCCUUUCAUAACAAUUUUUUACCCAUUUUGUUAAUCUGACAGGCAAAAAAAAUCUCAUUUUUACUUUGAAUUUAUUUAUGAAGGCUAGGUAUCAUUUUAUAUGUUUAUUUGUCGAUUGUAUUUCUUCUGAACAGCCUUUUUAUAGAUUGUUGUUGUUGUCCUUAUAGCCCUUAUUCUGUUACAGUUAUUCAGUUAUUAAUACAUGUUGAAAAUAUUUCCUCCAAGGCUAUUGUCUUUUCAGUUAUAGUAUCUUUUGGUCUAUGUAACUCUUCGGAUAUGGAAAUUAAAAAUUUUUAUGUAUACCAACCUAACUUGCUUUUUAAGAAAUUAUCCAUAUAUCAUUAUUUACUUUUCAUGACAUUAAACAUUCCCUUAUAUUACCA